GUUGAGGUGCAACAAAAUAUCAAUCAUCCAGUCCUGUCCGAUCCGGAGUUUCGUAUCGACGUCCCUCGACUGCCUUUUUCUCCCCCCUUCCCUCUUCCGUUCUUCCUUCCUCUUUUCUUCACCAUUCCCUUUUCUCCUUUUCGGUCGAAGCCAUACCGUGAGAGAAGUCCUUCCGGUGCUCCUGCAGCGCCAUUGAAUCCGGCAACAUGGAUCUCGCAAUGAACGCCACGUCGACCCCGGGAUUAUCGGGAGGCUACUGGAAUCAAUUCGACGAGAUCUCCAAGACCAAUGUCUCCCUCAAUUAUUUCGAGACGCUAUGGCUCACAUGGUAUGUCUACAUGCAGAACGAUGUGCUCGCCACCGGCAUCAUGUCGUUCGUUCUGCAUGAAGUCCUAUACUUUGGGAGGUCUCUGCCGUGGGUCAUCAUUGAUUGCAUCCCGGCGAUGAGGAAAUACAAGAUUCAACCCAACAAGAUUCCGACGGCAAAGGAGCAGUGGUACUGCGCAGGCUUCGUCUUGCUGUCUCACUUUACGGUUGAAUUGCCCCAGAUCUGGCUUUUCCACCCCAUCGCGCACUACUUCGGCCUUCAAACCACGGUUCCUUUCCCGCCUGUCUGGAAGAUGGUCUAUCAGAUCGCCUUGUUCUUCUUUAUGGAAGAUACCUGGCAUUACUGGACCCAUCGCUUCCUCCACUCCUCUCCGUUCCUCUACAAGAACAUCCACAAGCUCCACCAUCAAUACUCGGCACCCUUUGGUCUUGCCGCCGAGUAUGCUUCUCCGAUUGAAGUCAUGAGCCUCGCGUUCGGUACGGUUGGCUGCCCGAUCAUCUUCGCUUCGUUCACGAGAGAUCUACAUCUUAUGACCAUGUACCUCUUCGUGGUCUUGCGUCUCAUGCAAGCCAUCGAUGCUCACUCCGGCUAUGAGUUCCCCUGGUCGCUUCAUCAUUUCUUCCCGGUCUGGGCAGGCGCGGACCAUCAUGACAUGCACCACGAGAAAUUUAUUGGCAACUAUGCCAGCAGCUUCCGAUGGUGGGAUUACAUCAUGGAUACCGAGAACAGCCCGGAGGCGACCAAGAGGCGGAGGGAGAAGAAGCUUGCGAAGGUUAGGAAAGCACAAUAAUCCUUGGAUUAUCGUGGACGUGGACAUUGGAAAGAUGAGACCAAGGGAGGGCCACAAGACAAGGUCAACGACACGAAGCGGAUGCUUCAAGAGACUCGGGAGUCGGGAGUUAACAUUACCUGGUUCGGAUUUGAGGAUGUUCGGAGGUGCCAGGGGAAUGGAAGGUUUGAAUCGACUCGAAUUGAGGCCGUAUUAUGUACAUAGGCUAGAUAUGCCUCUAAUUCUCACCUAAACUUAAUAGACGCACUGUUAGUCGCUCUUCUCAAAGUUCAAACUCCAGGGACUUUACCAAUCGAACAAAUAUCAUCACAUGCCAUCUGCAUUGCACAAGGCACUAGACACAUGAGAGUAGCAAUAGUACGGUAAUUAAUGGUUCAU